UACUAAAAAGUAACGAAUCAUGAUCGAAUGGCAUAUUAUUGUUUCUAUGAUCGAAAGUUUGAAUUAAUGGAUUGUUGUGGUGUGUAAUUUCGCAAUAUUAAAAGUCAUACAAUAAUUAAUGCAGUGACUACCUACACUAUAGCCUUUAUAAGUUCUGUUGGCAAAAUUCUCCAUCCUAUUCAUUAAUCAUCAUUUGACCCUAAGUGACGUAAAAAUUGUGAACAAUCGUGAUUAGACAAUAAAAAAAAAAUGGAAUUUCCUCAUCUUGGAAAAAAUUGUUCUUAUGAAUCUUGCAAUAAACUGGAUUUCUUGCCGAUGAAAUGUGGUGCUUGUCGUGAAGUGUUCUGCGCCGAUCAUUUUGCUUAUGCGAAACAUGAGUGCCCCGAGCCGAACGUACGUGACGUGCAAGUGCCAGUGUGUCCGCUGUGCGGGGCUCCAGUGCCGGGUCGGAGGGGUCAACCACCAGACCUGGCGGUUGGGGCUCACAUAGACAACCAGUGUACAUCUGAUCCUGCUGUAGAGAGACGCAAGAAGGUGUUCACGAACCGUUGUUCAUACAAGAGCUGCAAAAGGAAGGAGAUGGUGCCGCUGGUGUGUUCUGAAUGCGCACUCAACUUCUGUCUAAGGCACAGACACACGGCCGACCACUUGUGCGAAGGGAAACUUGCCGCCAAGAGGAGACAAGCCGCUAAGGCUGCCAUGGCCCGGAUGAGACAAAACGAAAGUCUAUGGAUCCGGAACGAGGCCCCGCUGCCCUCCGCUGUCAGCAGCUUCUCUGAGGUCCAGGGGAACAUGACAGAAGACGAGGCGUUGGCUCACGCGCUGGCGUUGUCGAUGCAGGAGAACGUGAACAUAGAGUCCGGCGACACCAGCCUCGCGCGCGCCCUCACCCGCCAGCGCGUCGGCGGCGACCAGCCCGCCCGCUGCACCGUCUCCUAACUUCGGUAGACAAUUCCAAUCUAUCUCUUUCACACAGAUAACUAGCAAAAAUUACCAUUUCGGCACUCGCAAGCAUUACCGUAGAUUGGGGGGAAUUGAGACCCUUUCCAAAUCGAACACAAAUUUUCAAUGGUUUUUCUUAGGGUAAUACUAAUAAAAUUGAGUUUAAAAUGGUUCCGGAGAUUUAAAUAUACGUUGCGCUAUUAUCAGUGGUCAGAGUAGGUAGAUUGAUUUUAUAUACUUGCGUCAAGAUGUUAUAAUAUGGACAUGCCAUUUUAUCCAUAAUGGUUAUUUUUUGAAAUUGAAAAAAAAGU